AGUGAAACUAGAGAGAGAGAGACAGAGCGAGAGGCCAUGGAGCAGCAGAGACAGAGAGCUCUCUCCACAUCAGGAGAGUCGCUGUACGCUGUGCUGGGAGUCGACAAGAGCGCCACGACGGAGGAUAUCAAGAAAUGUUACAGGAAACUGGCAUUGAAGUUUCACCCGGACAAGAACCCAGACAACCCGGACGCAGCCGAAAAGUUUAAGGAAAUCAACAACGCCCACUCGAUCCUGUGCGACACCACCAAGAAGAACAUCUACGACAAAUACGGCUCGCUGGGGCUCUACGUCGCAGAGCAGUUCGGAGAGGAGAACGUCAACACCUACUUUGUUCUGUCGAGCUGGUGGGCGAAGGCCUUGUUCGUCUUCUGCUGCCUGUCCACAGGCUGUUAUUGCUGCUGUUGCCUGUGCUGCUGCUGUAACUGUUGCUGCGGUAAAUGUAAACCUCGGCCGCCCAUGGACCAGGAGCCCGAGUUCUACGUCUCCCCCGAGGACCUGGAGGCCCAGAUGACCGCAGACGAGAGAGACGGUGGUGAUCCCAUCGUGAUGCAGCCGUCCUCAGCCACAGAAACCACCCAGCUCACCUCGGAUGCCCACCAAAGCUACAGGACCGACUCAUACUAGACACACACACACACACACACACACACACACACACACACAC